AAAAUCAAUAGACGGAAAAAGUCUCACGAUUGUUACGUCAUCAAACGGCGACCCAGCUCCGCAUGGCAGCUAGUGAAAGGCGUGACAACACUGUUUGAGGGUCACCAUGGCCGGACAGUGGUCUGGAGGCCACUCCUCGUCCAUCCUGUGUGUAGGAGUUUCUCCGGGCCCUGAGGGUCUCAUCGCUUCAGGCUCAGAGGGAGGGGAGGUGACCCUUUGGAGUCAUGAGGGCAACAUUGUAAAUCGACUAACUUUACCUGGUGAGGAGGACAACACCAGUGUGGUGUUUUCACCUGCAGCUCCUUCUCAGCUGUAUCUGUCACACGGGGACAUAGUGAGUGUUCUGGACUGUCGGAACCUGAAGGAACCUGUGGAUGAGUAUCGGGGCGUAGGGGAGGAGGAGAUCAACGCGUUAGCUGUAAAUGAGACAGGUUCAGCUCUAGCAGUGGCUGACGACUCGGGAGUGGUGCGAGUGCUGGAGCUUCCUGGUGGGAAGGUGUGCAGGACUCUUCGCAGACACACCAACAUCUGCUCCUCUGUAGCUUUCAGGCCUCACAGACCCAACAACCUGCUGUCUGCUGGACUGGACAUGCAGGUGAUGCUGUGGGGUUUGCAGAAGACCCGUCCCCUCUGGACACUGAACCUGCAGGAUGUAGCUGAAGAUGAAGGGGACCAACAGCAGCGUCCAGGUCAGCUCUUCAACCCACCGCUGGCUCACUGUGUUUCAGUCUCAGGCUGUGGGAAUAUCGUAGGAUGUGCUGCAGAGGACGGCCAAGUGCAUCUGAUGCGGAUCGGCGCCGGCUCCAAACUGGAACAACACGGAGCAAUUAAAGCCCACAGUCAGGGAGCAUCGCAGGCUCACUUUGUUACUUCAUCUUCCCACCCGUACUGGCUGAUCACUGGAGGAAAUGAUGGUCAGGUGGCUCUGUGGGACCUCAGUAAACAUCCGGUGGUUUCUCCAGAGGGAAAAGGCAAAACUAGAGCGACUUCAGCACCACGAAGGAUAGGUAAAAGCAAGAAAAAGAAGAAAGAACAAUCUCAGGAUAAAACAAAGGCCCAACCCAAGGAUGAGGAGGAGAAUGAGGCUGAUGCUGCUGCUGCUGCAGUAGUGGAGGGUGAAGCUGCAGCUACUGAGGACGUGACAGAGGACAAGUCUGGACCCAAACUGAGCUUCAGUCAUGGAGAUAAGGUGAACUGGUUGUGUGCUGCUGUGCUGAAGGGAGAACAGUGUGUGGUUGUAGCAGAUCAGAGCUGCAGUCUGACUGUUUACCCUCUGUCUCACCUGUAGUCUCAGGCACGACAUCACCCGUGGAGAACAGUGAACGCGCUCCGAGAGUUUGUCUCACCAAUGCAUUUUUAGUUGUUUAAUUUGGCAUGGAAGGAGUCUGGUUUAUUUUUGUUUCAAAUACAAUUUUUGUUUCGACACUGGAUUCCUUGUGUUGAUUUGAACACAGCCAGAAAAAUAACCAAAUGUAAUUUGAUCAAACUCUUUUUUUUGUUGUUGCUAUGAAUGUUGAGCAUCAAAAACAUACAAACCAAAUGUCUUAAAAUGGAGUCAGACAAGGUUGAA